UAUAGAAUAGACAAGACAAAACUACUCUACUUACUCUACUAGCAUUGCCCGUGGUUGCUUAACCAAUAUAAUCUCGGGGAAUUCUGAUAAAAGCUUAUUACUCCUAAUGUUACAAUUGAAUUGGUGGAUUAUAACCAUCACAAUAUCACAAAAAACGUGAGUGACAAAAAUCCUAAACAACGGAAGCGCUUCGGCAGCAGGGGUUGAUUCUUUACACAAAUUUUCAAUGUGUUCUGGAAAUGGUUUGCAAAGAGGACGUGGUAUCAUGGUUUAAAGAAUUGGAAAGUUAUAAACGCAUAGACGCAAUGUGUACAUUGUUAAAUAUGUGCUUGCCAUUUGAACUACGUUUCAUUGGCACAUAUCUCGAAGAGCUCGGAAAGCGCGACUUCCAAGAGUUGCGUGGUGCCGAACUUCGAGCAAACAAUCCUUCAGACUUGGCUGCAGACAUCGGUGGCGCGAACACAGAUCCUCGAACACGACGGAAAAUGGCUUUGUACGUGUCACUGUUACGCUCCUGCAACUUCGCAUGUGCCACUACAUUGUACAAUGCCAUGGUCAGUUUGGAGAAGAGUGGUUUGUUGAAAGGUUUAUAUGGUGAUCUCUUGGAAGAAAUAUUACUACUAUACACCAUGGCGCUUCAUCAUCCUGCAUUCACAUUUGAUCAAAAGUCACAUUUUGGUGAAAUAUUAGAUAAAUUGAAAGUGGAAGACCAGCGGUGUCAGUUCCAAGAGCAGGUAGACCAUAUGAAUGUGCCGCCAGUGAGCAGUUGUCACGCGCAGCCCACUGUCGCACCCAACAUGUCAGUGCCCCCACCAGCACUUUCCAGCUUAGGGCCGCCACCAAACAUCAUGUAUGUCAAAUCACCCGGGAUACAGCCUCAAAGCUCAGAAGGUGUGCCUCCGGAACUCAGUUCACCACCAGUCCUAAGUGGGGCUGGUGGAGCAGUCCCAAUGCUCGGGGAGGUCACACACCCGCCGCCAGGCUUGCCAUUACCACAGUACAACAUGGCAGAGUACAUGGGACAACAUCCAUGGCCUGCCAACAUCAUUGUGUCACCACUAACUCAACCUAUUGAGGUUAUAAAGUACCCGGUGAACGCGGGUGGGGGUGGGGGCGGGGGCGGGUCGGCAGGCGCAGGCGCAGGCCCGCCGUCGUCGCCGCUGGUGUCGUCGGGCGGGGACUCGCGCGCCGGCUCGCCGCGGCGACGCCGCCCGAGCCGCGAGCGCUCGCCGCCCGCGCGCCAGGCCGGCAUGCCGCCGCCGCCGCCGCCCGACCAGCAGCUCCCGCAUCUAACGGCUAACUUUGACAAUCUCGCCGUUAGUGAGGUACGACACACAAUGGACGACAGGUUACGUGAAAUAGGUGCAAUGCAGCAACAGUACCGGUCGCUGGAGAAGCUGAACGGCGUACGGAGACGGGCGGGCGCGUACCUGCCGGCGCGCUCGUCGUCGGACUCGGGCUCCAGCGCCGCGUCCAGCCCGCCCGGCACGCCGGCCCCCGCGCCGCGCCGCGCGCCGCCGCCCGUGCCCUACCUGUACCCACGCCAGUACGGUUACCCGCCGCCGCCGCCCGCCUACCGCCCGCCGCCGCCGCCCUUCGCCAACGGCGAGCCGCCGCCCUACCCCGCGCCGCAGCCCUACGGCGCCUUCGUGCCCGUGCUGUACGCGCCGCCCAAGCUGUCCUGCUGGAACUGCGGCGCGGCCGGCCACGCGGGCCACGAGUGCAAGGAGCCCAGCAUGGAGGAGAUCACGCGCGCGGGCGGCUACCAGCUGGACUUCGGCGCGCCGCCGGAGCCCGCCGACAAGUAGCCCCGCCGCCGGCGCGGGCGACAGUGACUUACCAAAGUGUCAGGGUAGCGGACGUUCGCGAUCCACCGCCGUUCUCGCGCCGUUCGGCCGGCGGCCGGGUGUGCUGUGCGUUCUUGCGUACUAAGAUACCCGCGUCGAUGGACGUCCGGUCAUUACGCGUAGGGAUUUGGGAACGGUCAUUAGAUAUGAAUUAUGUUUAAGAGUAAUUGCACUUUUGAUUUAUCCGUUUAGAACGGACCGAAUCGAUUUGGAAAAAAUGUUUAGUUUAUCAGAUCAAACUACAGACUGCAUAAUAUUUAUGUAUUUAUAGGCAUUUUGAUCUGUAACUGAUAUGUUAUUCGUUAUUCCUGUAUAAGAAUGUGUGAUUGUGCCUAUUGGUGAAGAUGGGUAUUGAUAAUUGAGAUUAUGCUGAUAAUUUUGCGUCCACCUAAUUAUGAAUAGUCUUUUUUUCAUUUCAUCUUCAUCCAUGGGACCAUUUUCGUUAAUUCAUAGCAUGUACAUAUUUUCUUUGCUCAGUGAACUAAAAGUUUUAGGUUAGUGACAAAAAUGUAAGUAUAAUGUUUUUUUAGACAGCUAGGAGGCAGAGAUACUAUGCAAUCGUUUUUCACAACCAGUUUUGCACAUUAUAACCAGUCCAAAUUGAAAGUGCAAUUAUGAAUAGACAUCAUUUUUAUAUUUGAAAUUCCGUGUAUUAGAUAUUUUGGAUACAAAAAUGACAGCAGCAUCUAUCUAGUUGUACAGUCUAUUUUUUUGCUAUGUUAACCCAAAACAAUGCAAAAUUAAUAUCUCGUAAUAUUUAAACUAUUUCAACUCUAAAAAAUCCAAUCAAAUUGGAUAUAAAAGAAAAAAAAUACUGCUUACGUAAAUUAGAAAAUUUGUUUGCAUUGUAUUGCGUGUGCCAUAUUGAAUGAAUUCUGUUAAAAAAGACUGUGUUCUACACAUACACAUACCCCAGUGAAAAAAUCUCAUAACGUGCAUUUAUAUUGAUCGGUAGCUUAUAAUUUCGACUAAAGUGGAAAACAAACAACCGUCAAAUCCCCAACGAUCUCAAUCUAUCAGUGAGUUUCAUUUAAAGAUUGUCCGAUUGUUGCCUAAUUCACUAACAGUAACCUAAACCUAAUUUUGAAAAAGGCUGGAAAAUAAGAUCAUUUCAUAUUUUGAAUUAUGUAAAUGUUCCAUUGAAAUCAUUACCUAACCAUCGUGACAUUUUAGUACAUCACUAUUAGUACAAGUCUACAUUUUAUAAGCAAUUUUAAGAUGUCGAUAAAUUUUUUUUAUAUUCUUUGUGUCAAUCGGUAAACGGCGCAUUCACAUAGAUGAAGAAGUUGUUAUGAUUUGUUUACUCUUUUUAUAACUCCCCAAGACCAUUUUAAUUCUUUUAUUUGAGACUAUAUGAGUGUUUAGUACAGACAAAAACAAACAUUGCUUCAUAUUGCAUAAUGUACAUUCAGAAAUACAUAUACAAUACAACAGGAGUAACCAUUAAUUAUUGUUCAUGAAAGUUUUUAGGAAUUAGCAUUUUUUUUAAAGUUCCGAAAUUCGUUAAUUUUCUUUCGUAUAUGUAUUUGUAAAAAAAAACAACAUUUCGAAAUAUAUAUAUUUCUUUAACUAUAGGUUUCUAUAUAAGAUAUUAUUGAUAUAAAAAUGUGUUGUGUUGUUAUCUAAAUAUUUGCUGCUGCCUUUAAUACAAUUUGUGGUAUAAAAUCGUACAAAACAUCAAUCCAAAUCAAAAAUUUUAAAGGACUCCCUGAAAGGAAGCAGUAACUAAGGUUCUAAACCGGGCACAAUAUGCAGUAGAAUGUCGAUAAAAAUAAUGAGAUUAAUGAGUAAUAACCGUGCUUUUUUAAAUUAUUUCCUUACUACAUCGCAUAAAGUGCCCAACUACCAACAAGAAUUGUCAUACCUUCUUUUGCGAAGUUCUUUCUAAUGUUAAAAAAAAAACAAACGAUAGCAAAAAAAGCCUUUUUGGGGUAUGCAAUAAAAGUGAACAGAACUUAACUUUCCUGUUACUUAAAAAGUAACGUUCGUUUUUAAUUUUCUGCUUGUCUCAGUAUAAUCCAGUCCAUAAAGUAAAACGUUGUAUUUAUAGAAUUAGAUAAGGUCAUCGUUAUGUAUCUGAGUACCUUCCUACGACUUGUUGCGAUUAUAGAUAUAGGACCAGAUUUGCAGUGAAUUAAAAACGCAUGUCAAUAUACGUUGUACAUGAUUUUCCAUAGAAUUAAAUACUAUGUUGGAACACAAAUAAAUAAAUAAAAAAUAAAAUAAAAAAUAAACAAAAAAAUAGAAAUCAUGUAAAUUUUGUUAGUGACAUGACGGUAUACAAUGCGCGAACGGCUGACAUUUUGAUAGAGUAGUUUAUUUUGUUAAUUUUCUGUUAAUUGCCUUGUGACAUUCAUAUUCUCGUGAGUGUUUUGAUACAAAAUGUAAAAAUCAAAGAAUAUAAAAAUAAAGCAGACCUAAAUGGUAUAUUCAAUAGUAAAUUUUGAGGACGAGACAUGUACUGAAUGGUUUUCUUUGACCCGAGACUGAUUUUUAAUAAUAGCGAUUGAUUCGGCUUUCGAUAUUAUGAAUUUGUCUAUUUUGAUAAAAGAAUAGACUCGUACAAAAGUUGGUUUCCAAACUGUUGUUAUUUACUAAGAAAUGUUGUACCUAUUGUGAUGUAAUUAAAUGAAAAAAAUAAAUAAAUAUAUAGCACACAUCGUUAAAGGGUCUAGCAGGCUAUGCGAACAAGAAGUGCCCCCAACGACGGAUUUGGUCAUUCUUUCAGGUGGUCUACUGUCAGGACCUAAGAACACUACGCUUAAUAUCAGUCCUCGAUCUUCUUUUGUUUUCGAGUUAUUCAGGAUAAUGUAUAAUAAUCAGCGUAUCAUUGAAAGUGUCAUAUUUUGUAAACUGUAGAUGAACCAAACAAAAUUAUAUUUGACAAUAAUAAAAUAUACUACAAAAUGCAUAUUUUUAACUUGCAUCAUGUCCUUAUACUUCAUUAUGAAAAAAAACUUUUUGUUUUCUUUUAAUUUUUUUUUUACUUUUCGCGGAGGGUACACCUACAAAAAAAGUAUGCAUGAGUAGCCACUAAUACCCACUACAUACACAUAUAAAAAUAUUUGCAUAAAUCUUCGUGCGUCAUGUCAAAAAAAAAACAUUAUCGAACAAGUAUAGUUACUAGCAUAUAUAAAUAAAGUACCAGUGCAGUGUGAAAAUAAGUUAGUGUGUAGGUAUACAAUCUCGUCUAAUAAACCUAUUUAUAAUGCAUCGACGAUGACAUGUCAACAUUGAUAAUAUUUGACACAUAAUAUUAUCUGCAUUUGCUUUUUUGCAUUAAGUGUCAGUCUUGUGAAAAAACAUUAAAAAUGAUGAAUGGAAAAAAAAUGCUUAAAAACUGGGCAAAGGGCUGAUUUAAAUGCAAAAAACAAAUGCAGAUAAUAUUAUUUGUCAAAUGUUAUCAAUGUUGACAUGUCAUCGUCGAUGCAUUAUUAUUAGACGAGAUGUAUACCUAACAUACUAACUUAUCUUCACACUGCAGUGGUACUUUAUUUAUAUAUGCUAGUAACGACUUGUUCGAUAAUGUUUUUUUUGACAUGACGCACGAAGAUUUAUGCAAAUAUUUUUGUAUGUGUAUGUAGUGUAGGUGUACCCUCCGCGAAAAGUAAAAAAUAAAUAAAAAAAAAGGUUUUUUUUUUAAUAAUGAAGUGUAAGGUUUGACGACCGGUCUGGCCUAGUGGGUAGUAACCUUGCCUGUGAAGCCGAUGGUCCUGGGUUCGAAUCCCGGUAAGGGCAUUUAUUUGUGUGAUGAGCACAGAUAUUUGUUCCUGAGUCAUGGGUGUUUUCUAUGUAUUUAAGUAUUUAUAUAUUAUAUAUAUCGUUGUCUGAGUACCCAUAACACAAGCCUCCUCGGGCUUACCGUGGGACUUAGUCAAUCUGUGUAAAAAUGUCCUAUAACAUUUAUUUAACAUUUAUUUUAUUUAACAUUUAUAAGGACAUGAUGCAAGUUAAAAAUAUGCAUUUUGUAGUCUAUUUUAUUAUUGUCAAAUAUAAUUUUGUUUGGUUCAUCUAACUUGAACAGUUUACAAAAUAUGACACUUUCAAUGAUAACGCUUAUUAUUUUACAUUAUCCUGAAUAACUCUAAAAACAAAAGAAGAUCGAGCACUGAUAUUAAGCGUAGAGUGUUCUUAGGUCCUGACAGUACACCACCUGAAAGAAUGACCAAAUCCGUCGUUGGGGGCACUUCUUGUUCGCUUGGCCUGCUAGACCCUUAUAGUGACGCAGUGCGCCAUUGUAAACUUUUGCAAUAUUACGCGCCACCGAUGAUCAGUUUAAACUGAAUUUUUUAACAGUAAAUUGUCACUACUAUAACUGAUCACUAAAAUGUCACCCUAGAAAAAACCGACAGUGUUUGUGCUACCUAUGAUCUGUUUAAAACAAGAGGGAAACUUUAUGAGUUAUAACUUAGUGAUUAAAACUUUUAGUUAAAACUGUUCGUUAAAAUUGUCAUCGCUUACACGGGUACAUUUUGGUGGUUCUAUAGAACUUUCGAGCAACCCGGCUUUCGACACGCCGGAAGGGAGCAGCCCAAGCAAUAUCUUACCGUACAAAUCAUUCUGCCAUUUUUUGCGGGGGGAACCUUACAUACAGGCACACUUCUCACUCACUACAUACAAAAUCCAAUCUGUAAUUAUGGACGGUAUAGACGGUAAAAUAAUAUACCUAGAACGGCUGCAGACUCCGUGCAGCAGCAGAUCCCAUCCGCUGAGAUCAUAAUUCUUGGCGAUUUUAACGUCCACAACGCCGAAUGGCUCGGCUCUAGCAAGACCGAUCAUACGGGGAGACCUGAUUACGACAUUGCUUUGAUAUAUGGCUUGACACAAUUGGUUACUGCACCUAAAUAUAGUCUCCAUGUCUGUAAUGACGACACAAAUACAUAGAAAAUGACACACGUCAAAGACAAAUCUUGCACACCUCGAUCUCUUUUUGCGUACGGACGAGUCACAACACGCGCCGCCAUAGGCACGGUUGUGCCUAUGCUUCGGCAAAGGGGAAAUAGUACGAAUGCCGUCUCCCUUCCCGGUGUUGCUCGAAGUAUAGAACGCAUGUACUGUACCGCGUGCCAAUUCCGUGCAUUCGGAGGUCGAGGAAGUGUGGGGGGGGGGGGGCGCCCGUACGUAUAGUAUGCGGUCUAUCUACUGAGCUCGUUCACUUACCUGUACUGACAAUGGCAUUCUGUUAAACAAAAGCCAUUAUUUCUUUUGUGCCUGAGCCGUGGCCUUUGUGCCUGAUCGCGUGGCUAUUGUGUGUGAGCCUCAGCCACAAACAGCCACAAAGGUAACAGAAUGCCAUUGUUAGUACUUAAGUGAACGAGCUCAGUAGAGAUAGCGUUAACUAUGCAAAAUGACACCACUGUCAUGACGCCCAACAUUCCUAACAUUCCUCAGCCGUGCACGGAAUUCGCGCGCGGAAUAGUAGGUACGAGUUGCAUGUAGGCCUGUGUUGUAAGGAAUUUACCCGUUACCGUUCCAUAGAACGAAUAGGAAGUAAGUACCCCUUUUCUGUACAAAUUUGAUUAAACCAUUUUGAGUCUAUUGAACAAGGGAUUAUUUUGAUCAAGCUCAUCAUUGCAAUGCUCUUUUAAAAUUAAUGUGUAUACCUAAUAGUCAUUGUAAAUAGUUACAAAUAUGUAAGAGAGUGCACGCUAACUUUGACGUGAACGUAUUUUGUAAAUAAUUCAGUUUAUAUAAUUAGUUAAUAUUUAGAGAUUGAGUAUAUUUGUAAAUUACCUUGUAAUAUGAGUGUCCCUAUAGGAAUAAUAUUUGAGUAUUUCUGUACGAUCACUGUCACAAAUCACAAUUCUGCAUUUUUUAAAUCCCCGUUUUAAUCAAUAGUUUAAAUUAGACGGGUAGUAUUUGACGGCGUAAAUUAUAAUAACUAGUGUUUUUGGAACGAUUCGGAUGCGUGUCACAGUUAGGGGGGAGGACGGUGCUGACUGCUGGCUGUGGCCGAGCCGUUAGUGACUUACCCAAUUAAUCUUCGAAUAACACCCUUUCCAGUCCAAAGUUCUGCUGCUCACGGCGAGAAAUGAAUUUUCUUCGAGUUUUCAAAGGUUUUUCUUAUAAAGGCAAUGAAUUUUAUGAAAAAUAUUCAAUGCAGUAUCAUAUUUUAUAAGUCUACAUAUCACCUAGUGUAUCCUGUAGUGGAUAUUAAUAAAUCGUCUCGUUAAAAGUGGUAUCAUAUACGGUUUAUCGCGUUUUUAUAGCUAACAAACACUAAAUUAUGAGAAUGCGAGUCAUCAUAGCAAGUUUACAGAAUAUUCAUUUGUUGCCACGAGCUUAUCCAUCGAUGCCAUAGGAGUAUGUACUUGUAAGUAAAGCAUGGGACAAUUACUGUAAAAACUAGGUACAUAUUAUUUUGAUAGCAUCCCUUAUAAAGGUUGUAUGUCCACAUAAAGUAACUAUUGUCUUAUUUUUAUCAUGAUAUUUAAAAAAAGUUGGAAUAUAGAGUAAACAUAAGAAAAAUAACUUAAUAAUAGUAGGUAUUCUAUUUUAUACUAUGCCUAAUACUAGCGCAGUCCCGCGUGACUAUAUACAAACUGCAUAUCAUCUCAAUACGAUUUGAACUCAUUGACUGCUGCGAGCAGUUUUCGAGUUUUUAAGAGAUAACUGGACAUAAAGGAAAUGCAGUGGGGAACUGUCAAGUCUACGAAAUGCUUUUACUCAAUGUCUAUGACGGCGCAUGUGCAUGUCGAUAUUUGCUACAUAAAAUUACGCGAUAUCGCAUAGCACACUUAGAAAGCGAUGCUAGACAUGCAAUGGCCCUUUCGCCAGUUGUAUAAUUUUUCUAAAGCCUUGCCUGUGGCAAUCAUUUCUGUCAAACUAGAGACUCGAUUCAUGUAAGCGCUUCACUACUGCAAUUUUAGUUGUUGGUUGCUAUGCUAUGCAGUUUUAUUUUGUACUAGUAGAAGUAUGAAAAUAUUUUUUUACUUUGUACAGAAGGUUAUAAAUGUGAUAAAAUAAUUUUUGACAUAAUUAGAAAAUGUGAUUUAGUAAGGUGUGUAGAUUAUUAUAACGGAUGUAAAUGAACUCGCUUUACUAAAUUUAUUGUACCGACUACCUACAGCUAAACGUUGUUUUCCCACAUUUUAUAUUUGGGUACUUAUUAUUCUAAGCUGUUGUAAUACUAAUAAAAAUAUAUUUUCAGGAAAAACAAUGUUUCGGCCCAGUAUUGUAUGUCCUAAUUCCCCACCAAUGCUGUGAACCAUUCGCUUCCUGAGAAAUAAACAACCAAAAUAUGGA